CUUACUUGAAUAUCCAUUAUUUCCUGCUUCCCAUGUUGUGGUUCCUUCAAGUGUUUCAGAAGCUAGUAAAGAAGGAAGAGUACAAAACUGCUGGCUUGCAAGCAGAGCUUUAACCAAGAAGGAAGACAAAUACACAACAGUACAAGAUGAAAGUUCAAGUAAAGUCCCAGAAAUCUUGGAUUGAAGGCAUCUUCUGUAAAAGAGAGUGUGCAAAGAUCAUACCGAGUUCCAGAGAUCCACACAGAUGUCCUGCUGGAUGCCAAAUCUGCCAAAACUUAAUCCGAUGUUGCUGUGGACGGCUCAUUGGAGACCAUCCUGGGAUAGAUUAUAGUUGGCCUGCUGGCCAGUCUGUGAAGGAGAAAGAAGAAUGGUCUGUCCAAAAGAAUACAGAGGCAAGUCCAACUGAUACCUUUGGUACUAUCAAUUUCCAAGAUGGCGAUCAUACCUACCAUGCCAAGUAUAUUAGAACUUCUUAUGACACCAAGCUGGAUCAGUUGCUGCAAUUGAUGGUGAAAGAAUGGCAGAUGGAACUGCCAAAACUGGUAAUUUCUGUUCAUGGUGGAAACCAAAACUUCAAGCUUCCAUCUAAACUUAAGCAGCUUUUCAGCAAAGGCUUGGUCAAAGCUGCUGAGACUACAGGGGCAUGGAUACUAACAGAAGGCAUCAAUACUGGAAUAUCCAAGCAUGUUGGUGAUGCAUUAAAAGUUCAUGCUUCUCAGCAUUUAAGAAAGAUCUGGGCUGUUGGAAUCCCUCCCUGGGGUAUCAUUGAGAACCAAAAGGACCUCAUUGGGAAAAAUGUAGUCUGCCUGUAUCAGACUUUGAGCAACCCACUCAGUAAGUUGAGCAAACUAAAUAGUAUGCAUUCACAUUUCAUACUGGCUGAUGAUGGGACAGUGGGCAAGUAUGGUAAUGAGAUGAAGCUCAGGAGGAAUCUGGAGAAAUACCUUUCACUUCAGAAAAUCCAUACUAGAAUGGGACAAGGAGUGCCCUUAGUUGGGCUACUGGUGGAAGGUGAUCCAAAUGAGAUCCUGACAGUAUGGGAAUAUCUGAAGGAAAAACCUACUGUUCCUGUAGUAGUUUGUGAAGGAACUGGGAGAGCUGCUGACCUCAUUGCUUUCAUGCACAAACACACUGCUGAUAUAACGGAUCUAACCUCUCAGUUUAAGGAAGAAAUAUUAUUAAUGAUUCAGAGCACCUUCAGUUUUGGGCAAAAGCAGUCCCAUCACCUAUUUAAAAUUUUAAUGGAGUGUAUGGAACACAGGGAUUCUAUAACUAUAUUUGAUGCAGAAUCAGAAGAGCAUCAGGACAUUGAUUUGGCAAUCCUAACUGCACUUUUAAAAGGGACCAAAAUGUCUGCUCCAGACCAGCUCAAUCUGGCACUAGCCUGGAACAGACUGGAUAUUGCAAAGAAACAUAUAUUGGUCUAUGGUCAGCACUGGAAGGUUGACUCCCUUGAACAGGCAAUGCUGGAUGCUUUAGUAAUGGACCGUGUGGAAUUUGUGAAGCUGUUAAUAGAACAUGGAGUGAAUCUUCACCGUUUUCUUACUAUAUCCCGAUUGGAAGAACUAUAUAAUACUAAACAAGGGCCAACAAAUCAACUUCUGCAUCAUCUUAUUUGUGAUGUGAAACAGAGUGCUCUUCCUGCAGACUAUAAAAUAUCACUGAUAGAUAUUGGUCUGGUGAUAGAAUAUUUGAUCGCAGGAGCUUAUCAAAGCAGCUACACAAAAAAACAUUUCAGAGUUCUGUACAAUAGCCUUUACCAGAAGCAUAAGAGAGUUGUCUCAAGCUUGCCACUGAACCUCUCCCGUCACCAUAUAGGAAGCAGAAGUGGAUCUGCUGAAAAUACCUUGCAUUCCCAGUUUAUCAGAACAGCACAGCCUUACAAAUUCAAAGAAAAAUCAGCUGCUCUUCAUAAAUCUAGGAAGAAGCUGAAAGAUGAAUUUACUUUCUCAGAUGAUCAGGAAUCAGCUGGCUUCAUUUACCCAUAUAAUGAUCUCUUGGUUUGGGCAGUAUUGAUGAAAAGGCAAAAGAUGGCCAUGUUCUUUUGGCAGCAUGGAAAGGAAGCAAUGGUCAAGGCAGUGGUGGCUUGCAAACUCUACAGGGCCAUGGCUCAUGAAGCCAAGCAAAGUAACAUGGAGGAUGAUACAUCAGAAGAGCUGAAGAAGUAUUCAAAUGAGUUUGGGCAGCUUGCUCUAGAUGUGUUGGAUAAUGCAUUCAAACAGAAUGAGCAGAUGGCCAUGAAGCUGCUGACAUAUCAGCUGAAGAACUGGAGUAAUUCAACAUGCCUGAAGCUGGCUGUGUCAGCUGGUUUAUUACCUUUUGUAUCCCACACAUGUACACAGAUGCUCUUGACCGACAUGUGGAUGGGGCGCUUGAAGAUGAGGAAGAAUUCCUGGCUUAAGGUGAUUCUGAGUAUUCUUUUACCUCCUACUAUUUUGAUGCUGGAAUUUAAAAGCAAGGCUGAAAUGUCUCAUGUACCUCAGUCACAAGAUUUCCAUCAGUUCACGUGGUACCAUGGUGAUCCCAGCAUCUCCAGUGGAAAAGAAGACCUCUCAUUGAAUGAUUAUGAUUUAGAGAGAGGAAAGGAGAAACAAGAUGAAAAGCAGUCUUUUCCUAUCAACAAUGAACAGGGAAACCUUCCUCAAACUAGGAAAAUCUACGAAUUCUACAAUGCCCCAAUUGUCAAGUUCUGGUUUCACACGAUGGCCUAUUUAGCAUUCCUCAUGCUAUUCACUUAUACUGUCUUGGUGAAGAUGGACUCAACACCCAGUGUGCAAGAGUGGCUUGUCAUCAUCUAUAUUUUCACCACCUCCAUUGAGAAAGUCAGAGAGGUAUUCAUUUCUGAACCGGGAAAGUUCAGCCAAAAGGUGAAAGUCUGGAUUUACGAGUACUGGAACUUUACAGAUUCUGUUGCUAUCAUCUUGUUCAUGACUGGUUUUGGCUUGCGCUGGGGUAAACCUCCAUUUCAAACAGCCGGAAGAUUGAUCUACUGUUUGGACAUAAUAUUCUGGUUUGUCCGACUCCUUGAUUUCUUUGCGAUGAAUCAGCAUGCAGGACCGUAUCUAACAAUGAUUGGAAAAAUGACAGCGAACAUGUUUUAUAUUGUAAUUAUGAUGGCCAUAGUAUUGUUGAGUUUUGGUGUGUCUAGGAAAGCGAUACUUUCACCUCAUGAACAGCCAUCGUGGACUUUGGCGCGAGAUAUUGUAUUUCAGCCUUAUUGGAUGAUGUUUGGUGAAGUGUAUGCAGGAGAAAUUGAUGCUUGUGAAUUAAAUCCAGACUGCCCUCAAGGUUCCUUCCUUACACCGUUCCUUCAGGCAGUCUACCUCUUUGUACAAUAUAUAAUUAUGGUCAAUCUUCUUAUUGCUUUCUUUAAUAAUGUUUAUUUUGAUAUGAAAUCCAUAUCAAACAAACUCUGGAAAUACAACCGUUACCGCUACAUAAUGACCUACCAUGAAAAGCCAUGGCUGCCUCCACCUUUCAUCAUUCUGAGCUAUACUGGUCUUUUUCUCAAAUGUCUCUGCCACCGUCGACCACAAAAUGAAUUUGAUCAAGAAGAGAGACGUGUUGAACUAAAGCUCUAUCUGAGUGAUGAGGAGUUAAAAAAACUUCAUGAUUUUGAAGAGCAGUGUGUGGAAAACUACCUUCAUGAGAAGAAUGAAAGUCUGCACUCCAGUGAUUGUGAAAGGAUCCGUGUAACAACUGAAAGAGUUGAGGAGAUGUUUUCGCAGCUGAAAGAGGUACACGAGAAAGUAUGUUACAUCAAAGAUGCUUUGCUUGCACUAGACAGUCAGCUGGGACAUUUACAAGACCUUUCUGCUUUAACUGUUGAUACUCUAAAAGUAAUUUCAGCUGUGGACACGCUGCAAGUUGAAGAGGCUUUUCUUGUUGAUACGAAGCACCAAGGCUGCAGAAAGCUUCCCCAUAGCUGGAGUAAUGUCACAUAUACCAAGGCUUUCAGCAGUCUGGAAUGCCUGAAUGAUAAAAAGUACAAUUACUUCAGUGUGCCUCCUUCCCUUCUGAGAAGUUUGGCAAGAAGCCAGUGGCCUUCCGAGAGUCAUCAGCAUGUUCUUGAUACAAUGGACUACAAUGAGAUUAAAUCAACAGAUAAACAUCAGCAACAGGUGGCAGAAAAUGACACUCUAACCUCUGGUGUAUCAGAGAGUAAAUCAGCUCCUAGAUAUGGACAAUUUCUUUUGGUUCCUUCUGAUCAGCAAGGAGGAGUCUCUUUCACUGAAGAUACUGGCUUGAGUUUGUCAUUUGCAAGUACUCCGAAUGAGCUCAAAGAAGAAGAACGAGAAGUCAAGCCUCACACCAAGCAUUGCAGCAGUACUGCUCACCUAAAUGUACACAAUAUUAAUGUUGUAGAAAGAGAGCCCGUUAUCCAUCAAAGACAGGAACUGGACUCUGUUAUUUUUUUGUCAGCCAAGAAAGGUGGUGAAAGCAUAGAGAAACAUUAUUUAGCUACCAAAACUCCUAUCAUUGCCAGCAACAUUUCUUUACCAUCUCACUACCAGAGUAAGGAACCAGGAGGAGGUUAUGUGAAUUGGGGGUUCACAGAAGAGGAUGAAAAGAAUGGCUUUAGCAGCCAGUCAAAACAGCCAUCCUGUUUGCAUUCUGCCCUCAACAAAGACUGCAACUGUGGUUCGCAGCAUGUGAAGAUAAAGGAAUCCAAAUCAUUUUCCUGUAGUUCUGAUAGAUCAGGGUACGGUAGCAAUUGCUCACACUCCCAUCUCCCGUUCCAGUGCAACACCUCGUUCUGGAUCAAUCCAUGUAGAAAGAACUGCACUUUCUUCAAGGGAAGUCGCUUUUGGUCCCACAAGGCUGAGAAAGUGGAGAAGACCAGCAAAAUAAAAGAACUAUCAAAAUCUACUGAGCUUUGUAAAUCAGUCUGGGCAAAAGCAAAACUUGGAAAUAAAGACAGGAAAUCUUGGAAAAAGAAACAAAAAGCACUUCAGGUACCGGUGAUAACAGUAGAUGAUUGUCCCAAGGCACCCAAGCUAGUUCAGAACCAUUAUGACAACAGGUUUUUGAGAGAAGAACAAGAAAAGAGGACCAACAGGCUAACCAUGCUCAGCUUCAAUCAGCUACAUUCGGAUCAUAUCAGUUGCAUGCAUCAGAUAAUGAAAAAUGAAGGAACUGCUAAACACACAGUGCAAAUUUGUGACUAUUUGAGGCAAUCACAAGAGGAUUUAAAUAACAGUACAGUUUGGACUUACAGGAGGAAUAACCUAAACAGGAAUACAUCGUUUACAACAGAUGGAGUGGACAAAAUCUCAUCCUCCUUAAAAACCCCUCAAGAUCUGCACCAUCAUUACUCAGCUGUUGAAAGGAACAAUUUAAUGAGAUUAGCUCAAACGAUACCUUUUACACCAGUGCAGCUCUUUGCUGGUGAAGAAGUGACAGUCUAUAGAUUAGAAGAGAGUUCACCUUUAAAUCUUGAUAAAAGCAUGUCAACAUGGUCACAGCGUGGCAAGUCUGCUAUGAUUCAGGUUUUGUCUCGGGAGGAAAUGGAUGGAGGGCUGAGGAGGGCUAUGAAGGUUGUCUGCACUUGGUCGGAGAAUGAUGCACUAAAGUUAGGCCAAGUCUUCAUUGUGAAGUCUUUCCUUCCUGAGGUAGUUAAGACUUGGCAAAAGAUCUUCCAUGAAGACACAGUACUCCAUCUGUGCCUCAGAGAAAUACAACAGCAAAGAGCAGCUCAGAAGUUGAUAUAUACAUUCAACCAAGUGAAGCCUCAUACCAUUCCAUAUACUCCCAGGUUUCUGGAUGUCUUUUUAAUAUAUUGUCAUUCAGCAAAUCAGUGGCUAACCAUAGAAAAGUUCAUGACAGGAGAGUUCCGCAAGUAUAACAACAACAAUGGGGAUGAAAUCACACCUACUAAUUUGCUGGAAGAAGUCAUGCUGGCAUUUUCUCAUUGGACCUAUGAAUAUACCCGAGGAGAACUCCUUGUAUUGGAUUUGCAAGGUGUUGGAGAGAACCUUACUGAUCCAUCUGUUAUUAAACCUGAAGACAAACAUGCUAAAGGGGUAACAUUUGGACCAGCAAACCUUGGGGAGGAAGCAAUAAAAAAUUUCAUCUCAAAGCAUCAUUGCAACCCAUGUUGCAGGAAAAUCAAACUUCCAGAUUUGAAAAGAAAUGACUAUACACCUGGAAGAUUCAAUCCAAAUUUUGAAGCAAUAGCAGCAGCAACAGGAGGUGAAGCUGUAAAGAAUAGCAAUGAUGAACCUUUGGAAUAUAUUACGCGAUUGUGAUGCAAUGAAUUUUCAGGCAGGCAUGGUCUAUCUUUUCUUGAACAUCUGAAUCAUUCCAUAACUGUCUAUAGGGUCAACUAUAGGUGCCCAAAUACCUCAGUUACAGCUGUAGGCUAAGGAAAUAACCAUCUACACAAAAAGGAGUAUGUGAAUAAACAUUUAUCCUAUUGUAAAAGGAAUGUCCUUAGUUACUGGCCUCAGU